AUGUUUGAUCUUAUAAUAUUAGCAACUUCUUGGCAGUCCAAACUUGAACUUGAUAUAAAAGAAAAAUUUGAUGAUUCAGAGAUACUUUCAUUAUAUGGAAUUCCAAAACCAUUAUUACCGAUUUCAGGGAAACCUGCUUUGAAUUGGGUAAUUGAAGAAUUAAAAGAUAAAAUUACUGGUGAUAUAUUUAUCAUAACUAAUGCUCAUAAUUAUCCCAAAUAUCUGAGAUGGGCAAAUUCAAUUUUUGUUUCUAAAUUCCAUAUUAUAAAUAAUGGUGAAACUAAUUAUGAUCAUAAUAAAAAUUUUAUGUCUGAUAUUGCAUUGGUUAAACAAAUCAAAGGUUUGAAUAACAUCACAAUCAUCAUACAAGCUGAAUUGUUAAUUGAUCCAAUUAAUGAUAAUUAUUUUAUAAAUUUGUUAUUUGAUGAUAUUGAAAAUAACAAAUUUAUAUUUUAUAAUCAUUUGAUGUCAAGUGAGACAUUAUCAUUAAUGAAUUUGCCAAAUAAGAAACAACAUAUUAAUUUCGAUAUUUCCAAUUUGUUGGCAUGUGUAUUCCUUUCAAAUUCAUUAUCUUUAAUUGAACAAUAUUUAUUAUCAAUCAAGGAUUUAACAUUGAAAUAUGAUGAGAAUAAUAAUUUAUUUAUGAAUUUUUUACAAUUUAUGAUUAAUUAUAAUCAUGAUGCAAAAUUAAUUAAUUUGUUAAAUGUUUCUUCUUUUAUUUUCAGAUGGUUAAAUCCUUCAUUAAAUUUAUCUGAUUAUUUAUCAACUUUUCAUAAAUCAUUAAAGCUAAAACAAAAAAAUUAUUCCUUAAAUCUUUUUUCUCAUCAAACAAUUCCUAUUAUUACACGUUCAUAUGCCCGUAUAGGAUUAAUGGGAAAUCCUUCUGAUGGAUUUUAUGGAAAAACUAUUUCAUUCUUAAUAUCGAAUUUUUUCACUGAGGUUACUUUAAUUCCUAAUAAAUUUAUAAAUAAUAAUACACAAAGUUAUCAAGAAUACUCAAAGAUUACAAUCAUUCCAACAUUUACUUCAGUUACAACAUCAUUUUCUAGUCUUCAACAUUUAUCAUUAAUUUCUUCAUCAGAAGGAUAUUCAAAUGCAAACAGUUUGAUUCAAGCAACUUGUAAAGUAUUUUAUGAAUAUUGUCAUAAUAAUAAUAUUUUCCUACAUGAUCAAGGAUUUAAUAUAUUAGUUGAAACAAAUAUUCCAAGACAAGUUGGUUUAGCUGGAUCAUCAGCUAUAAUAACAGCACUUUGGAAAGGAUUAAUGAAAUUUUAUACUAUUAAUAAUGAAGUAAUUUCUUUAACAAUACAAGCAAAAUUGAUACAUAAUGUUGAAAAGGUUGAAUUAGGAAUAAAUUCAGGGUUACAAGACAGGGUUUUACAAUCUUUUGGAGGAUUAAUGUAUAUGGAUUUUGAAAAAGAAUUAAUGGAAAAAAAUGGUGGAAUUGGUAAAUAUGAAAGAAUAGAUGAAAAUUUAUUACCUAAAGGAUUUUGGAUUGCAUAUGAAGUUAAUCCCAGUGAUUCUGGAAAAAUUCAUAGUGAUGUAGUAAAGAAAUAUGAAAAUGGAGAUCAAAAGAUAAUUGAAGCAAUGAAUAAAUUAGCAUCAUUGGCAGAAAAAACAAAAAAUGUACUAUUGAAUUUGUCACUUUCUUCAUCUCUUAAAUCAAAAUAUAUAGCAACAAUGAUGAACGAAAAUUUUAAUUUGAGAAAAGAAAUCUUUGGUAAAAAAGUAAUUGGUAAUAAUAAUUUAAGAAUGAUUGAAUUAGCUAAUAAAUAUGGAUUUGCUGCUAAAUUUACUGGAUCAGGAGGAACAAUUGUUGGAUUAUGGAAUGGAAAUGGUAAAGACAAUGAAAGUAAUGAAAGUGAAUUGAUUGAUGAGAAUAAAAAUUUAGAAGGAUUAAAGAAAGAAUUAUUUAAAGAAGGAUUUGUAUUUUGUUGGGUUAAAAUAUGUAAUGAAAUGUAA